GUCAGAAGAAUUCGUCAGUAUACGCCGUGCUGCCUUGCCGGUAACUUCUUCUUCUUCUUUUUCUCUGUAUGACGUGCGACAGCGCUAGAAGACAAUUUUGCGAUUGAUCUUUUUUCUCCAUCUUGACCAUUAGAAAUCAUCUCGUUAAUUAUUUUUUUCUGAUCGUCUUUGAGAGAAAGAAAAAGAGAGGGAGAGAGAGAGAGAGAGAGAGAAAGAGAGAGAGAGAUAAAGAGAUAGAGAGAGAGAGAGAGAGAGAGAGAGAAAGAGAAAGAGAGAGAUAAAAAAGGAGAGAAAAAGCGAAACGAAAAGGAAACGUCGAGAAAUAUUUUGAAUAAACGCACGUCAACUCCGUACAUAAUUCAUUCUUGAAUUCGAAUAAUACGACGGGAGGAAAAAUCGACGAGAGAAAUAAAUAAAUAAAUAAAUAAAUAAAUAAAUAAAUAAAUAAAUUGAUCGAUCGAUCGAUCGAUCGAUCGAUUGAUUGAUUGAUUGAUCGAAUAUCUUCGUCAAACGUCGUUGAAUUAUUGGAGAAAGAAAGAUUGAAAAAGAAACGGGGAAAUAAGGGGGAAAAGGGGGAAGAAAAAGAAAAACGAUAGAGUGAGACGCGCGAGUCGAAUUUUCGCGCCUAAAGUGAUAUAAGAUUAAUAAUAUCUCGACGAGUUAAAUAAAAAAAAAGAAAGGUGAGGGAGAAAAAAAAACAAAGAGAAGAAAGAAAAAUAAAAGGAGAGAAAAGUAAAAGAACAAGUUGAAAGAGAGAAGAUACGAUUUCAAUCGAUAUAAUCUUAAGAAAUUACCAAAAAAAUUAAAUGAUCUCUUUCAUACUCGAUCUUUGAUAACGUCGGAGUUUGGAGAAUCAUUAUUGGUUGUGUGCCACCGUCAUUCGUUAUAUCGAUACGGUACUAUUAUUCCGCGAAGGACACGUCAUCGUCGUUGUCUCUUCGUGUUUCGUCUUCCUUCGUGCUUUGUGCUUCGUCUUCGUCGUCGUUUUCGUUAUCGUCGAGAGGAAGUAUCAGGAAAAGAAGAGGAAUAGGAGGUAGUAGAUCGUAAUAGUCGUAGGAGGAAGGAGAAAUCAUCCUCUCUGUUCGGAGGUCGACGAGAAGAUCUUUGGCGGGAUUUUCCCUACACGGGGUGGGCCAAUUUCUCUAUCAAAACAUGGCCACGUGACCGACAGCGGCGCGGCUUGUAAACACAGAGAGUUUGACCACGUGGUUUGCCCCCACUACCAGGUGGAUCUUCUAUCCUUCUCUCGGCUUCUCUUUCUCUUUCUCGCUCACUCACUCAUUCGCUCGCUCGCUCGCUCGCUCGCACGUUCAUUCGUUCGUUCGUUCGUUCGUUCGUUCGUUCGUUCGUUCUUAUUCGUUCGCGUUCGUUCGCGUUCGUUCGCGUUCGCGUUCGUUCGUUCGUUCGUUCGCAUUCGCGUUCGUUCGUUCGCAUUCGCUUACUCGCUCGUUCACUCGUAGACGUUCGGUCGUUCCCGCGUGUCUCGAUUGCGCUCAUACAGUCGGACACGGACACACUUAACAGAGGAACGUACGUAAACGACGUUCUCGCACGCUCGCUCGUUCGUUCGUUCGUUCGUUCGUUCGUUCGUUCGCUCAGUGUAUCUAUCCCUCUCUUUUACCAUUCUAUCUCCAUCUCUCUUUCUAGUCGUUGGCGAAGAGGAACGCGGCGCGUAGCAGUAUUCUCGCUCGAUUGGCCCGGCAGUCGUAGCCGAGUCGAUCCGUCGUUCGCGCUUAAUUUUCUUCGCGAUCCACGGAGUGUUCUUUUCCCUCUUUCUCUUCUUGUUUUCUUAUUUCUCUUUUUUUUCUUCUUUUUUUUUCCCCCUUUUUCUUGCACAUUACAAACGGGUUGGAACGCGUGCAAGUGGAGAACCGUUAAAGCGCUCUCUUUCACCCGCUUAACUUAGUCGAUAGAAACGUCUCGCACCGAUUAGAUCUCUUUCGGUAUUUCGUUCUUUUUCGAUGAUUUUUAAAACUGUAAUCGAAAAGAAGACAGAUUGAAGAAGCAUAAUUCGUCUCUUCUUCGAAGAUUGAUAAUAAUAAGAGAAAGAAAGAAAGGAAAUAAGAUUAAGAAGACAAAGAGUUUUGAAACAUAUAGAAGAAGAAUAAAGAGUAGUAGUAGUAGUAGUAGUAGUAGGAGAAGGAGGAGAAGGAGGAGGAGAAGGAAGAAGAAGAGAGAGAGAGAGGAAGAAGAUCAAGCCCUUGGUUCGGUGCGCGCGAACGCACGCGCGCACUCAAUUCUUAAGGUCGACGACUGUGAGAGACUACUAACUACCGGUACUUCUUUCGCCCGCGAAACAUGCUCGCGGUCAAAGUGGAAUAUACAGAAGAGGCCAACAUGAUGGACUCGGUCUCUACGGUAUCAUCAUCGACGAGUUCAUCGACCGUUUCCCAACAACAACAACAACAGCAACAACAACAACAACAGCAGCAACAGCAGCAGCAGCAACAGGGAGUACCGUUCGACGAAAGCGGUUUUGAGCCACAAACGAGAGCGCGGUCCAACACGUGGCCUUUACCGAGGCCCGAUGGAUACGUCGAUGGUAACGUUGGAGUCGUCGUUGGUGGUUCUGGUGGUGGUAGUGGUGCUUGUGGUGUACAAACUGGUAACGACAUAGGCGAGGUAGGUGGUACACCACCGCAACAGGGAACAUUGGGACAAACAGGUGCGGGGGGUGCACCAUUAUUCCCAGUUAAAAAGAACUCAUCUAGAAGAAACGCGUGGGGUAAUCUAAGCUAUGCCGAUAUGAUUACACAAGCGAUCACCAGUGCACCGGAACAAAGGCUCACGUUAUCCCAGAUAUACGAGUGGAUGGUACAGAACGUUAACUAUUUCAAGGACAAGGGUGAUAGUAAUAGCAGUGCCGGUUGGAAGAAUUCCAUAAGACACAACCUGUCGUUGCAUUGCAAAUUCAUGAGAGUACAGAAUGAGGGAACGGGAAAGAGUUCAUGGUGGAUGAUCAAUCAUGAUGCUAAACCCGGAAAAUCACCACGACGUAGAGCUACGUCAAUGGAGACGAGCAAAUUUGAAAAAAGACGUGGUCGAGUUAAGAAGAAGGUCGAAGCAUUGAGAAACGGAGUUUUGCAAGCUGAUGCUACACCAAGCCCAAGUAGCAGCGUCAGCGAGGGUUUGGAUCUUUUCCCUGACAGUCCACUUCAUCCAGCCAGUGGAUUUCAACUUUCACCGGACUUUCGACCUCGAGCAUCGAGUAACGCGUCCUCCAGUGGUCGAUUGAGUCCAAUUCCUGCGGUUUACGGGGAACCAGAAUGGACACCAACCUAUACGCCAUCUUACAGUCCGGAACAGUUAGACACGAUCCUGGCCGGUAGCCUCGCGGAAACCAUGAAACUGGAAUCGUAUCAAAUGUAUCAAACGUCACCCCCUAAUCAUCAGCAACAAACUGGCCCACCACCUUCUUACUUCGAUACGCAAUACCAGAGAAACAAUACUCUACGCACUGGUUCGUCAUCUUUCGGACUUCCACCUACGCCACAGCCCAGUAGUCAACAGAGGUGCCCGAUACAUCGUUUACAGGCUUGCGCUUGUCAGAUGAACCUGAGUCCGGUGUCUGGAAUGUCACCGUCAUAUCAACAGAACGAACCAAGCCCAACGGCGCUGAGUAAUAGUCAACAACAAACGAUCCAGUAUAUGAUUCAGAAUCAACAACGGCAACAGCAACAACAACAGCAGCAACAGCAGCAGCAACAGCAGCAGCAGCAGCAACAACAACAACAGCAACAACAACAACAACAGCAGCAACAGCAGCAGCAGCAACAACAGCAACGACAUCAACAACAGCAACAGCAGCAGCAACAACAGCAACAACAACAGCAAGUACAAAAUGGUCCAACGGGAGUAAGUCCGCCGCACACACCUUCCCCAUGUGAUUCAACGCCAAGUACAAUGAUGGGACAAUUAAUGGGUGCCCUUAAUAAUUCAGCCCUGCUCGAUGAUCUCAAUAUUAACAUCGAAACGUUGCACGGUGGAUUUGAUUGUAACGUCGAAGAGGUAAUAAAUCACGAGCUUUCGAUGGAUGAAACAUUGGAUUUCAAUUUUCAACAAGGCGUAAUGGGUACUGCGGCGAUUCAAGUUAGCGACGGUAACAUCGUCGGACAAAAUGGUAUAGUUUCUCAAAAUAAUGUUGGGGUUGGUACGGCUACCGGAAAUGCACCAGCGGGAGUUUACAUGAGCACCAAUGCGGCGACUCCCGCGGCACCACCUUCUUGGGUUCACUAGCAGUGGACCCCUCUGCCCUCGACACCACCAUUGUCCUUACCAAUUCCAUCGACCAACAUCGAUGGAUGGGACAAUUAUUGCGGGAUGUCGGAGGGACAAUUCGACUGUCCGAUUGUCGAGGAUGCAAGGAUGGAUCGAGCACUUGUGAUAAGAUGUAGACAUAAUUAUACCAGACCACGACGAUACGCAUACUUCAAAAAUACUAUAUUACGUUAGUGCAAUUAUUAACGCGAGGAAUAAUUAACGGCAAGAGAGAGAGAGAGAGAGAGAGAGAGAGAGAGAGAAGAGAGAGAAAGAGAGACAGAGAGAGAGAGAGAGAGAGAGAGAGAGAGAGAGCAUAUCUAUCUCUUCCAUCCCCAUACUCCUUUUCCCCGUCCUUCUUCAUCUCCUCCUCCCCCUUUUCUUCCUGCUAGUCCUUCUCAUUCUCAUCCACCUCAUCCUUUUCAAGAAGAGGAAAAUGGUUGGAUACUUGAAUGAAAAGAAAAAAUAAAUAAAUAAAAAAAAGACAGAGUAGGCGAGAGGAAUGAAAGAAAAAAAGAGAGAGAGAGAGAGAGAGAGAGAGAGAGGAAAAGAGAAAGGAUUCGUUUUAGAGGAGAUUAACGAGGCAACAAAAUAAAAAAAGAAAGAAAAGAAGAAGAACAAAAGAUAUAAUCGAAUGCGAUUUCUCGAUCAUAAUCGAUCGAUUUAUAUCUCGUGCGUUAUUAUCCUCGAAAAUAUGUUCGAUAUUUCGAUAUUUGUAAUUUUAUGAAAGAUCCUCGAUAUGCCUUCUUUUACUUUUUUUUUUUUCUUUUUUUUUUUUUUUAUAUAUAAUUUU